AUGAAGGUCUCAACGCCAAAGGGAGCCGCCCUUUCGGUGCUGGUGCUUACUCUCGCACUUGCUUCUCAAGUUGCAGCAUGGUAUCUUCCAGGAAGCGCUCCACACUCCUACAAGCAGGGAGACGAGGUCCCUUUCUCCGUCAACGCUCUGCAAGCCAAGGCGUUCACAUCACAGAUCAAGAGUGUCAUCAAGUAUGACUACUACGACCCACAUUUCCAGUUCUGUCAACCAGAAGGCGGACCAGAAGCUCAAAGCGAAAACCUCGGAAGUGUUCUAUUCGGAGACCGUAUCUACAGCAGUCCAGUCAAGGGCGUCAUGCUUAAAGAUGAGAUCUGCAAAGAGAUGUGCCGCACCACCAUUGCUUCUGAAAACGCCGCUUUCAUCAAUGAUAGGAUACGAGAAGAGUAUGCCAUCAACUGGAUGGUGGACGGUCUACCAGUCGCUGAAUCACGCAGGGAGAUCAAGACACAUGAAGAGUUCCUCUCGCUUGGCUUUGCAUUGGGAAGCCUCGAAGACGAACACUUCCAACCAUACGAGCCCCCAGCAUUGCACAACCAUUACGAUAUCUACGUUGACUAUCAUCAGCGUGGUCCGAAUGAGUACCGCGUUGUGGGCGCUCGCAUCUACCCGCUAUCAAAGGACUCGCUCAAAGGCGUCUCAGCCAGUCAACCUGCCAACUGCCAAGCAGCUGAUCCACUCCAGCUCAGUAACCUCACUUCGACAGGCGUUGCGUAUACCUACAGUAUCCGUUGGCGCGAAUCCGCGACGCCUUGGGCCACACGUUGGGAUGCCUACCUCAAAGUGUUCGAUCCCAGAAUCCACUGGCUUGCGCUCAUCAACUCUGUCGUCAUCGUCAGCUUUCUGUGUAUGAUGGUCGGCAUCGUUGUCGCUCGAUCCAUCAGUCGCGAUAUUUACCGUUACAACGCCAUUGACAUGACUGAAGAUGUUCAGGAGGACUUUGGCUGGAAGCUGGUUCACAGCGAAGUCUUCCGUCCUCCUGGCCGACCCAUGCUCCUCUCCAUCCUUGUUGGAUCUGGAUCUCAGCUCGUCGCAAUGGCUGGCGUCACUCUGAUCUUUGCACUCUUGGGCUUCUUGAGUCCUUCCAACAGAGGUUCGCUAGCAACUGUCAUGAUCGUCACAUGGACUCUCUUUGGCAGCAUCGCAGGCUUCAUGUCGAGCAAGACCUAUGCCAGCUUGGGAGGCGAGUACUGGAAGCAGAACAUCUUGCUCACUGCCAUGCUGUUCCCGAGUCUUGUAUUCUCCAUGGUAUUGCUGCUCAACUUCUUUCUUAUCUUCAGCGGCUCAUCCGGUGCUGUUCCCUUCGGUACACUGCUUGCGCUCGUCGCUCUCUGGUUCCUCAUCAACGUACCGCUCACUCUGAUCGGCGCGUUGCUUGCCAUCCGUUCCGGUGGCUUCUCACAUCCUGUCAAGGCCAAUUCCAUCCCCAGACAGAUCCCAUACCAGCACACCUGGUACCUCAGGCCAUUCCCAUCAGCUCUGAUUGCUGGCAUGCUCAUCUUUGCGUCCGCCUUCCUUGAGAUCCUCUUCAUUCUCAACUCGAUGUUCGGUACCAAGAUUUACUACGCCUUCGGCUUCCUUGCUCUUGCUUUCCUCAUCACAGCAACGACCGCUGCCACUGUUACCAUCCUCUUCGCCUACUUCCAUCUCUGCGCUGAGGAUUACCGAUGGCACUGGCGAGCCUUCAUGACCGGCGGAUCUGGUGCCAUCUGGUUCUUUGCCUAUGGCUUGUUCUUCUGGGCAACCCGACUCGAGCUGCCUGGUCUCGCAAAUAAGGUGCUCUUCCUUGGCUACCUAUCCAUUCUUUCUCUUCUCUUCUUCACACUCUUUGGUGCUGUCGGCUUUUUGGCUACCUACGCAUCGCUUCGAAAGAUCUACUCGGCCAUCCGAGUAGACUAG